GUCAAACAAUUAUUUAGUUAUAUAAGCACUUUUUGGUUUUGAAGAAUUGAAAUUAGGGUUUUUAAUCAGUGGAGAAAUUUGUUGACAUAUUUUUUUUGCUUGAUUUAUCUAGGGUUUGGUGAGAUCGUACUAGAAUCAACCCUAAUUGUGGUUUUUAUACUAUUCGGUUACAAUCAUAAGCAGAAGAAUACACGGUGUAUAUAGAAACUGAGGAUUGGAUUGUAUAGCUUUUAUUUAGAUUAGUUUAGGUAAGUUAAGUUAUUGGGAUUAAAGUCUUCUCAUUGAAUCUGCAGAGGGCAUUUUCAGAACUGCGGUCUAGAGGCUGAACUUUAACCUGCAAAAAGAGAUUUUGAGAAUUGCUUUUGAACACCGACGGAGUGGAACCUUGACAUAGAUACUAGAUGGUGAUAAGGAAGUGAAGAUUUCUUCAUCAAAAGGUGAUGUUAUCCCUUUUGGCCUCGUAGUAAUCACGGGAAGGAUCAGAUUUUAUUGGAACUUCUGCAUUUGUCGACAAAUCAUUACGGUUGAAACUUUGAUUAUUUGGCUUCAUUGAAGUUAGUUCAGUGUUUACAAUAGGAGAGUUGAGCAUUCUAGCCUUGUGGGAUUAUUUUGUCUUGGAGGUGAUUUUGGAUGAUCAUGAAGUGAUUUUCAAGCUGGAAAUGAUUGCGAGGACAUGGUGCAUGGACAGGGGCAUAGUUUCUGGUCUGUUCCUGUGUUGGAACAAAGGUAUAGAAAACUAGGAGAAACUUUUCAGUUGGUAGAAGGAUUCAGCUUUGCUGUUUUAAGGAUCACGUGCAAUGUCUCGCUGCUUUCCAUUCCCGCCUCCUGGAUAUGAAAAGAGUGCUAGAGUUGAAGAUACAGACUUGCUAGCAAAGGAAAAACACCAGGAGAAAAAACAUAAAAAGGAUAAGAAGGACAAGGAAAAGCAAGGAGGUAAAGAAAAAAAGAACAAAGAUAAAGAGAGAAGUAAAGAAAAACACAGCGAUAAGAAAGACCGAAAGGAGAAGCACAAAGACAAGAAGGACAGGGAUAAGGAUAAAGACAAGAACCGGAUCUCAGAUGCAAAGAGAAUUGAAGGGCAACCAGAGUGCUACAAUGGAGGGAAGAUUGGUCCGAACAGCCUCCAGAAUAACGGGAUCAAGGAUACUAAAUAUGUGCAGGAUUUGGCAAAGAGAAUUAGGAAUGAAGAUAAAGCAACAGGAAGCCAAAUUGUUCAGAAGAUUACUGUUACAGAUCAAAGAAGAGCAGAACUGCCAAGAAGGAUUCUGGAGUGCAGUACUGACAUAUUGGAAGAGAAAGAGAAAGCAAAGGAUAAGAAAGAAGUUGAUAAAAAAAUCAAUGGGCAAAAGAACCAUGUUGAGGCUAGAGGUUUCGGAAAUUCAAUUGCUCAAGGAUUCUCUGGUACUGAUCAAAAGAGAUUUCAAGGAAUCACUAAACCAGUGGAGAAGAAUGAUAUUGAGAAGCAGUUGGAGGAGAGAGAGAAGAAUAUGCGCAAAGAAAGUGAUAGUAAGGGUGAUAAACAGAAGGAUAGAGAUCGAAAGAAGAAAAGCAGAUCAAAAGACAAAAGCAGAGAUAAGGAAAAGAAAAAGGAGGAGAAAGCGAAGGAGAUAGUUGAGCCAAGUAAAGACCGGCUUAAAUUAAAAGACAGCCCAAAAUUGAAAGACAAUGGCAAGGGCCUCCCGAGUUCAUGCAAUAUUAGACCACCAGAUGUUUCAAAGACUAGCAACAACAAUCCUCCCGGUGAGGGAAGUCUUGGCAAACGUAAGGAGCUUGAGAUAAAUGGAAUUUCACAUGACAACGGAAUUAGGCCUAAUAAGUUGCCGAGACCUGUCUCGUCCUCUCACCUGGUCACAGAAAAUGGGAGGAAAAUGGAACCGUGCCAAACUGCUAUCCACUUUGCAUCUGAGUUUCAGGGGGCAGUUGGUAAUCAUAAAGUGAAUGCCAAGGAACACAAGAUUAAUGGUUUAAGGAACGUUUCACAGCCAAUUGUGUGCUCAACUAAGCCUUUGUCAACUAUUGAUCAAGGUAGUGAGCAUUGUGAAGCAUCUGCCAAACCACCACACCCUGAUUCCAAGUACCUGAAUCAGAUUCUUUCUAGUGUGGCCAAAGGUGUGCCCAAACUGGAGGAUUGGCCUGAUUUUGAUGACGAUGAAUGGCUGUUUUGCAGCGAUAGUGUGCAGUCAAAGCAGGCAAAAGUGGCUUCUCCCAGGGGUGAUGGGACACAACAAGUGUGGGCAGAAGUUCUGCCCAUAGAGUCUGCUGGUGUAACAGCUCUGCCAUAUGUCGUCCCCUUCUAAUGGAUAACAUUACUUCCCCUUCUAUCAUCGCCGAUUUGGCUGUUACCCUGAAGUCUAAGCAGACCUUUCACAAAGGUAUAUGCCAGGGUCCUGAGGUUAUUGGUUUAUUACUGCAUUUACUUUUGAUUGCAGUAGUUAAAUCUCAGUUGCAGUCAUGCUGUUGGUGUUUAAAAUGCUUGUCCUGGAAGUGAGAUGAUGGAAUCAGAAUGUGACAUACAGUUGUUAUUUUUGGUGCAUCUUUCAGGACUUUGUAAGUGGAGUUUUCAUCCUUUCCGGACUGUUAAAAGAGGGCUUUUUAGUCGUUUGUACAUGUGAGAACCCUGUUUAGAUUGGAAGAACAUCCCCAAAUGAAUUUGGAGAAAGGGAUGUGCUAAUUGAGGAUUCGGAGAUGGUUAGGGGUCAUUUUUUGUUAGCUUAGAGCUUUAAGUUAAGACAGAAAUUCUAUACAAAAGAGAAUCAUAGGAUUUUGUGGCCCUUGUUGCGCGCACAGUUUUGAUUUGUAUAAUGUAAAGAUGAUAUGCAUAAAAUUUAUAUUAGAGGGCGAGAAAGGAAGGAGGCAUUAUUAUUCAUUCAA